UCAUCCACUGCAACCAAAUGGGACUCCCGAAGAGCUGGCUUCUGGUGAGCUGUCUGCUGGGGAGCUGCGUGGUCCAGAGCCAGGGAAAGGUCUACCCCAGGGACAUUUACAUGAAGACUCCCAAGUUUCGACGAGUCUGGGGCGGUGUGCAAUCCAACACAGGGGACAACUUCGGUGGCUGGCUGCUGCGGAUCCUAAACGGCGAUGGUAACUUCGCCUGCGGGGCAGCCUACUAUGCCCCUAUACUCGUGAUCACCUCGGCCAACUGCAUCUACCCCUAUCGGAACAGCCUCGAGGGUGCCACGGUGGAGGGCACCGCGUUCUCCGAAUGCGAUAGGGAGAACAUUGCUGACAUCGAUACCAUUAAGUUUCCCGAGAAGUUCGUCUACCAGAAACUGUACAUGGAUGUGGCGGUAGUGCGUCUAAGGGAGCCCAUAAAGGGCCGACUCACUGAGUUCAUCCGGCUGUGCACCAUCAAAGUGCAGCCCAGGAUGCAGAUGGUGGUCUUCGGAUGGGGAUUCGACAGUACGGAGGUGCAGAUACCCUCAUCGGAUCCGCGAAAUGCUACAGUGACCAUUAUGUCCUUUAAGGAGUGCCGUCAUAACUUCAAAAGGAACUUAAAGCUUACAAGCACAACCGUCUGUGCCAGACAGCCCAAGAAUCCUAGGCAGUGCCUCUACGACGGUGGCAGCCCCUUGAUUUACGAAAGAGAGCUCUGCGGCCUCGUGUCCUUCGGAUCACACUGCCAAGAUACCUCCAGGCCAGGUAUUUUUACCAAUAUCAGAAGAGUGCAUCGCUUCAUCACUGAAAUAGAAGCGGAAAUAAAUGCCGGUGAAAUGGGAAGAUCAACUAGAGUAGCGAGAAAAGUCACUAAAAAGCCAAAAAAAAAAUCAAAUUCAACAUCGACAAGAGUAAGGAUAACCCGCUUUUAUAGAAGUGCCUCAGUAGACCCCUUGGAGUGUUGAUCGAAAUACAAAAUAGUUUUACAGAAAUUUAA